CCCACACUCCCCACCCCGUCCCCACACUCUCCCGUGCCCAGUGAGGGUCAGGGUGAGGGUGGGCGUGGGCACCAUGCCGUGGCAGCGGCGUGUAUCUGAGCCGGAUGUGUCAGCAGAGUGCUCGGUGAGCCUGCCGUCAGAUGUGGAGUCGGGAGGUGAGCCGCGGUGGGAGUUGCGGGUACGUGCGGGAGGCUGCUGCCCCUGCCUGCCCCCCUGCCUGCGGCUGGCCUUCACGCCACCCUCCCUAGAGCUGCUGUACCAGGCGUACGUGCGUCGGCAGCGGGCGGAGGCUCAGCUGGUGCUGCUGCUGUUUGCCGGCCUCUUCCAUACCCACAGCCUGGUGUCGGCAGCUCUGUACCCGUCGCCCAGGCUGCCCGGCCUGCUGGUGGCAGUGGGCGGGCUGCUGGCACAGCUCCUGCUCCUGCUACUCUACCGCCUUCACCUGCUGCCCCAGCACCUGUGGCAGUCCCUGGUGCCCUACCUGCUCUGGCUGCUCCUCACCCUGCAGCUGGUCGCCUCUCUGGGCCUGGGCUCCCCGCGCACCCUCCGCCCACCCCACACCGCCGGCUGGCUGGCCUUCUUCACCUUUGCCCUGUACCUCACCCUGCCCCUGCCCCUCGCACCCAUCCUGCUGCUCAGCACCCUGACCUGUGCCCUCCACACCCUGGUGCUGGCCAUCACCCUGGCACAAGAGACCCACGCCAACCAUCGACCCACGCUGCCCCAACAGCUGCUGGCCAACAUCUGCCUGUAUGUGUGCGCCAUCACCGUGGGGGUCAUGUCUCACUACAUGGCUGACCGCAAGCAUCGCAAAGCCUUCCUGGAAGCUCGCCAGUCCCUCGAGGUCAAACUCAACCUGGAGGAGCAGAGUCAACAGCAGGAGCGGCUGCUGCUGUCCAUCUUGCCGAGGCACAUAGCGGAUGAGAUGUUGAACGACAUGAAGAAGGACAAGGAGUCGAAGGAGCUGCAGCAGUUCAACACCAUGUACAUGUACAGACACGAGCGGGUCAGCAUCCUGUUUGCGGACAUCGUGGGCUUCACUCAGCUGUCGUCCAGCUGCUCGGCCCAGCAACUGGUCAAACUGCUCAACCAGCUCUUCGCCGGCUUCGACAGACUGGCAGCCCUGUACCACCAGCUACGUAUCAAGAUCCUGGGCGACUGUUACUACUGUAUCUGUGGGCUGCCCGACACCAGGGAUGAUCACGCCGUCUGCUCCAUAUACAUGGGGCUGGCCAUGGUAGAGGCCAUCUCGGUGGUGCGUGAGAAGACAUGUACGGAUGUCUCGAUGCGUGUGGGCAUCCACAGUGGCACAGUGCUGGGCGGGGUGCUGGGGCAGCGUAACUGGCAGUACGACGUCUGGUCCACCGACGUCACCCUGGCCAACCAGCUGGAGGCCGGCGGCAUCCCGGGCCGAGUCCACAUCUCCCAGAGCACACGGGACUGCCUGCACGGGGAGUUUGAGCUGGAGCCAGGAGAGGGGGGGCAGAGGAACGACUUGCUCAGGGACAAGGGCAUCCAGACCUACCUGGUGGUGGUGCCCAAAGACAGGCCGCUUCCAGGGGGCAUCAACGGUGUGAGACUCUCGCUGUCAUCGUCCAAUGGCCGGUCGCCCACGUUGAUCAACACCAGUGAUGGUGAGGGCAGUGUUCACCCUGCGGCUGCCGACGGGCUCGACACACAGGUGGUGAACCCGUCGUUCCCCAACCCGCGGCGUCGGUUGCGUCUACGUGACGUGUCGGAGCGCGUGUUUGACCCCGAGCACGACCCGCACCAGCUGCUGACCGCCGCACUGCUGGAGCGGGACAGCGUGCAAGCGCGUGGGGAGGGGGUGAGCAGCCCGGUGACGUUGCGGUUCUGGGUGCCGGGCCUGGAGCAGAGGUUUGCGGUGGAGCGGGAGAAGCAGAGUGGAGCGGCCAUCGCCUGCUGCUGUGUGGUGCUGGCCUUCAUCACCCUGGUGCAGCUCACUGUACAGCCACGACUGUGGAUGAAUUACGUCACCUUCCUGGUCGGGGAGAUCCUGCUGCUCAUCCUCACACUCCUGUCCCUGGCUGCCAUCUUCCCCAGGACGUUCCCACACACGCUGGUCGUCUUCUCCACGUGGAUCGACCGCACACGCUGGGCACGCAACUCCUGCGCCGUCUCCGCCUCACUACUGCUCACACUCGCCCACGGCACCAACAUGGUGUGGUGCGUGCAGGGGUGGGGUGGUGUGGGUAAGGGUAACGUGAGUGUGACGGGGGUGCCGAUGGGUGUGUGUGGGCAGCCCGGGUACCAGGAGUACCAGGCCCAUGUGGUGGUGCUGCUACUGAUGGGCACCACCAUGCUGGUGCAGGCCAGUCACAUGGUGAAGACAGCUCUCAUGCUAGUGACCGGACUCACCUACACCCUGCUCACCACCCCGGGCUGGGGACAACUACACAGGUCACCGGCGGUUCCCUCUCACUAUCUGACCAUCGCCACCAUCUUCCUCAUGAUUCUCAGUCUCUACUGCUUCACCCGGCACGUGGAGAAGUUGGCGCGGACCCUGUUCCUGUGGAAGAUGGAGGUCCAUGAGCAGAAGGAGCGUCUGUCUGGAAUGCGGCGUCGCAACGAAGCCCUGGUCACCAACAUGUUGCCCGAGCACGUGGCCCGACACUUCCUGGGCCCCGCACGCCGGCACGAGGAGCUGUACAGCCAGGCGUACGAUGAGGUGGGGGUGAUGUUCGCCUCCAUCCCCAACUUCUCCGACUUCUACACGGAGGAGAGCGUCAACAACGGCGGCAUCGAGUGCCUGCGCUUCCUCAACGAGAUCAUCUCCGACUUCGACGGGUUACUGGAGCAGCCACAGUUCCAGACAAUCACCAAGAUCAAGACCAUCGGCAGCACCUACAUGGCAGCGUCCGGUCUCAUCCCGGAGCCUAGCCCCGGCCCCGGCACGAGGGAGGUGCCGCUCUGUGCCCGGGACCGCUGGCAACACCUGGCUGAUCUGACUGAAUUUGCCCUCGCCAUGAAGGUGGCCUUGAUGAACAUCAACUACCAGUCCUUCAAUAACUUCAUGCUUCGCAUCGGAAUGAACAAGGGCGGUGUCCUGGCUGGGGUGAUCGGUGCUCAGAAACCCCACUACGAUAUCUGGGGCAACACCGUGAAUGUGGCCAGCCGCAUGGAGUCCACCGGGCAGGUUGGCAACAUCCAGGUGGUGGAGGAGACGUACCUGGUGCUGAAGGACUACGGCUUCCGGCUGGUGCGCAGGGGGCCCGUCUUUGUCAAGGGCAAGGGCGAGCUGAUCACCUACCUGGUGAAGGGCCGCGAGAGGCAGGGCUCCUUCCUCAGCGGCUCAGCCGUCACCCUGCCCCACCAGGUGGUGGACAACACCUGACACCCCAGUGGCACGGGACGGCAGGAGCGACACAGCAGGAGAGAGGGGCAGGAGGCUGGGACCAGGGUACGGGACAAGAUGGGUGGAGGUGCCCUGGGAGGCUAUCUGGUGGUGAUCACAGAGCCCCCUCCCUCACACAGGGGAAUCCUGCACUCUUCUCCACACAAGAGAAAGGGUUUCAAUGUCCCAACCCGCAUCCUCAAAGACCAGCAAGAGCAAGGUGCCUGGAGAAUGCAUCAUGACUGGGGAUGGGUGAAAUAUUCUCUUGCUGUGGUAUGUUCCCUGGCUGCAAGCUGGGGAUACUGUAGCAUAUGCUGUGGGAUAUUCCCUGGCCGGGAAUGCUGUGGGAUAUUCGCUGGCGGGGGUGUUCCCUGGCUGGGAAUUCUGCAAGCGCUCCCACAUUGUGUGUGCGUACACCAGGUUUUACUCGUUCCUGGUGCAGCAAUUUGGUGAGGGUGUGUGCAAAAUAAUGGUCAAUUAAUAAAGUUUGACAACUA